AUAGAUAAAAGAAGUGGAAUACACUUGAUCAAUAAAAUUAGAGAAAAUACCAGCCGUUUUUUUCCAAAGACAACAUCAGCCAUGAGCAUGCCUAAAAGAAGUUUGCUCAAGAUCAUUCUCCUUGGAGACAGUGGAUAUGUGAAUAAAAAAUUCAAACCUCUAUACAAAGCAACAAUAGGUGCCGAUUUUGUCACAAAAGAGCUACAGUUUGAUAUAUGGGACACGGCCGGACAAGAACGUUUUCAAAGCCUAGGUGUCGCAUUUUAUAGAGGCGCAGAUUGCUGCAUUCUUGUUUAUGAUGUGAAUGCGGACCCUGCGAACCCGGAGAAAUUUCCCUUUGUGCUAAUUGGGAACAAGGUGGAUGUUGACGGUGGCAACAGCCGUGUGGUACCGGAAAAAACGGCUAGAGAUUGGUGCAUUUCGAAGGGGGACAUACCUUAUUUCGAGACCUCGGCAAAGGAAGAUUACAAUGUGGAUGCUGCAUUCUUCCUUGUAGCAGAAACUGCACUAGCCAUGGAGCCAAUCAAUAUUGAUCUUCCAAUAAUUUCAGAAUCAAUAUCUGGGAUUGAACAACCAAGAGGAGGUGGCUGUGCUUGCUGAUAAAUAACUAAGGCCCCUCUCUAAUUCAAUGAGACUAUCAUAUUUGCUUCAUAAUUAUUGCAAGAAUUUGUUUGUAUUGAUCUCAAUCUCAUUGUGAUAUUUUAUUUAUUAGCAUUAUUUUUAUUGGUUCAUUCAUUUCAUACUCCUGAUCACUAAUAUAGUUUUUGGUUGCUACAAUGUAAAAUUCAAUUUACAAUUAUUUGUAAGAUCCAUUCAAAUGAUGAAGCUUAUAAUUUUUUUUUUAUAAUUAA